UUUGGGUUGCCUAAUCAGUAAUGAGCCAGUCUAACAAUGAGCUGCUUCUCAAACCAUUCUACACUGCUUCAUUUACUAUAUGGACUCUUAAACUGUUUCUUUGAGGAGAGAAUUAUUUUAUGUAGUGCUUUUAACACUAAGUGGCAACAAAGCAGCUAUACAAGUAUCUAGGUCAGAAAUGGCUAUCAUUCCCCAUUAUUGAAUGGCCACUGCAAUAGUAUCCCAUUUGAUGGACUUUAAAUAACCAGCUAGUCAGUAAUGAGGACUCUAACUUGUCUCUUUGUCUCUGUCGCUGUCCUCCUUUCAUUUUCUGCCCAUCUUCUAUUUCCCAAAUUCUUCUUUUGCCCUUUCCUUUUUCAGCCUGACAGUGUUUUGUUGCUGGAGCUUGCUGCUGUGAUUGACGCCAAUCAAAACCACAUUAAGGGAAAUCCUUUCAUCUCCUAUCCCACAGUUCCAUGCAACACACCCAAUGAUGGCCCUUUUUCUUCCUCGUUAGCCCUGUUCCGCACUCCCAGUCCAGAUCCAUUCAGCAAUGAUCCCUUUCCUCCUGUCAAUAGUCAGGAUGACUUCUUACCCUUGUCAUCCAAUUGUGAAACAGGUCCUCUUGAUGGCCUCUUGAACAGGCCAAUAGCAUGUAACAGUCUGACUGGAGACUCUGCCCCUAACGGUCAGCUAGUCAAAGACCUGUCUGAUGGCUGGUGCCCAAAGAACACCGUGGAUGCACCAGUUGAGUUUCUGUCAAAGAACGUGAAGGGCAGCAGUCCUUUAAGUGUGCCAUUACAAGCUCCUCCCUUCUGUACCAUGUUUGAUAAAGUGGUACUCCCUGUGCUCCCAACACCUUCUCCUUUUGGCAGUGGUCUCAGCCAAUCACUGCACCUUUCGGUUCAAACUCCACCCCUCUGUUGUGGUGAAACUGCACCACCUGUUGUGCGAAAUGGAGGGGUGAUGCCCCUUUGCCCUCCACCUGCGAGUUCUAAGCAUGGGCAUGUACAAGGCAGAGCUAAGGUAAACCUUUAGCACAGAGAGGAAACGGAAUAUUAGGGGAUUCACUUGAUGGCAGGCUGGAAUUUUACUGUGCAACUUCCACUUACCUUGAUCCCUUUUUGGCAGUUGUGCUACUCUCUGAACCACUGAGUAUGCUAAAACCAUGCUUACUGAUGUGAGGUUCAGGAUAGCAGUAUGGUUUUUAAUCCUAUCGAGAGAGAUUUGUUUACAGGUUAUUCAGAAUUGGUUGCAUAAAGUAGUAUAAAGGUUCCUUUUUUUUUUUUUUUUUUUUUUUCUCCUCAAUGAAACAGUAAGCUUGAUUACAUGUGACAUUGCAUGGAAGUUGCAUUGUGAAGCCAACAUUCUGCUGCCUGGUGGUGGUUUAUGGUUGUAUUGUGUAGACGGAGUUGUGUUGCCUGGUGAUGGUUGGGAUUUUAUGGUGGGGAGCUGUAUUUUUGGUGCCACUGUGGUCUGAGAUGUACUUAAGAAUGUGGUGGGAUUUGUUGUAUAUUAAUGGGGAUUGUUUAUAAGCUCUCUUCUGGUGAUACUGUAUCAGUAUCAUAUAUGCCUUGAUUGCUUUUCUUACUCUGUGUGUGGUUUUAAAAAAGAAAGGAACCUUCAAUUUUAAAAAGUGGGAAGCGGAGGAGUUCUAGGUGGUUAAAGGACUUCCUUUUGCUUCCUCUUGCGUAGAAGUGACUUUACAGCCCUAACACACACCCACUAACUUGCAUUUCCUCUAUAUAUGUGCAUGCUUAUGAAAGCCCGGUUUGGGUUUAAUAGUGAACUGUCUGCUUUGCAUGCCGCAGUAGAAGUAGAUGAGGUAAGCGCUGUCUAUUACAUGCAAACUGUAUGAAAAAUAUUCCAGAAUUUCCUAAUGAAUCUUGCAUGUAUGCACAUUUGGUAAAAACUAUCCAACAAAUCCCUACAUUUAGUGACUCCAUUUAGUCCCCAACUUUCCAGACUUUUUUCUGGCUGUAACUUCUUUAGCAUAGACUUUGACAUCGAGUCUCUCUGUGGGUCUUUUAACACUCUGCUU